AUGGGUUUCUUCGAGAAGCUUCAAGCUAGACUUGAGCUCUACCGCCUUGAGCAGCGCUACACCCGCCGCGAGAAGCGCACUACCUUCAUCAGCGAUGCCCAGUACGUCGACGGCGAAUACAUCAGCGCCUCGUCGCCCACGUCAUCCACAAGCUCCACCGCGACCGCCAACCGCCGCCUCUCCAAGAUCCCCUCCGUACGCAUACGGGAGUUCGGGCGGUCAGCGACUGGCCGCGCAUAG